GAAACUAUACACGCACACUUUGGACCCCCGAAAUUCCAAAUUACAAGAGGACCGGCAGAUCAGUGAGACUUCAGAUCAGUUGUCGGUUGUCCAGCUUGAGAAGCAGUUCUUCGGAGAUUGUACGAUCGAGUGUGCAGGAAAUUCGUCGCGCUAAUCCUAAUAACGUAAAAGUUUAAAGUUAUUGUCCGGGCUUUAUAUUGUGAAAUAUGCUCGUAAUUUUAACCGAUACCUGACGCGAGCCUGAGAUGGGCUAAACGUAAACAAUUCACUUUUUUCAUUUUAUUUCGGUUGUGUUUUUUCUUUUUUUGGCUAUGCCGUGUUUCGCCGUUCUAUGCUUAGGCCAAAUCUAUGCAGUUCUACCAUUGGACUUAAAAACAUUGGUCAUGUUAUGAUAGUUAAAAAGUGACCGUUGUAUUUUUUGUUUUUGACUUUUUUUAUAAUUUAUUUUUUUUGGACAAAAGUGCAUCAAAAUGGCAAGUACCAGUGGUGUUCAGCAGCAGUCCCAGCAACAGCAAUUUCAACAACAGUUCAAAUGUAAGGAAUGUGGCUUAGCACUUAAUUCUGCAGAGUCUCUGGAAGUUCAUAAGCAAUACCAUGAGGGUAACUUAAUGCAACAGUGGGCAUUAAAAGAGGAGAAAAAUAAUAACAUGACGAAGCAGCAAUCAGCAGGAACAAAACGUGAGUUUACUACUAAUAUUCCAUUAAAUAGUCCUGACAUUCAAAAGAAAAGUCCAGAGUAUAACAGAACUACUCCGGAGGGUUUGUUUGGUCAUCCACCUACCCCGCAAAGCUACCAAAGUGCUUCUAGCCCUUAUAAUGAAAACUCCUCAGCUUUUUCACCAAAUUUUCAAAAUUAUUCUAACAUCGCUAAAAGCGGAGAUAGUUCUCCAGCUUCACAACAGCAGCAAAACCACUAUCAACAGCAAAAUUUUUCACCAUUUCCUGAGCAACAACAGCAACAUUUUUUUAAUUUAGAUCAUAACAAUCUUUAUACUUAUGAAGUUCAACCCAAUAAACCUGCAAUUCCUGGGCAAAAUUUUCGAUAUCAGCCAUAUUCCCGAAUGCAGUAUUAUGAGGCUUCAAAAUCUCAAGGGCCCACUAGUCCAGCUUAUCCACCACAGCCCACCCCAUCACCUAGUCCGAAGCAGUGCGAUAAGUGUGGAUAUGUGUGUGAAUCUGCGGCCCAACUGAUAGAGCAUAAUAAUUUAACACAUUCACAAAACUACCCGCAAAGUAAUCAUUUCAUAUUUGACCAACAACCUCCACAUUUGAAAGAAGAUGAUGCUUCUCAGAGUGAAAUCCUUGAUUUAGAUUCUCAAAAAGUGGUACAUCCAGAAUGGACCAACCAAAAAGAAGGUGAUAAAUUAAAAAUUGAAUCAGGCAUACCACAUUCAGUAUCAGCAAUGUUAAAUCCUUGGUCCACCUCCAACCAACCCCAACAAAAUACUGCUAUGUUUCUGAAUGAGCAUGGAAUGUAUUUGUCUCCUUCAAGUGAGCAAAAGUUGUUUCAUAAUAUAAGCGAAGCUAACAAAGUUUACCCUGGCGAUCAAAAGAUUUUUACACAAUUGGAAAAUCAAAAUUUUCUAAGUAAUGGUGUAUCAUCUUCAAAUUCUGAAAUAGUACAACAGGGUUAUCGACCUUUUGAACAUCUACCAACUGCUCCUAGUUCCGUAGUCACUAGCACUCAGGUACCCCAAGUUCCUACAGUCGUUACUUCUGGUACGCCUAACCCCAAGAGCAGCAAUUGGAAAUCCAACGAGGCGCGACGACCUAAAACCUAUAAUUGUACAGCUUGCAACAAGUGGUUUACUAGUUCUGGACAUUUGAAAAGGCACUACAAUACGACAUUGCACAAAAACGCUGUAAAAAGCAGUGGGCAACCCGAUCCAGCUUCAUUGCCGAUCAGCGCUCACCACCACCCUACCAGAGAUUCAGCGCAAAGCAAGGAUGAUAGAGGGACAAAUUCCAACAGUCCAAGAGACGACUCUCGAGGAGAAGACAGUAAUGGAAUGACCGCACAAUACGACAAUCGUAUUGGUCCCAUGCCAGGUUUACUUCAGCAUCCCCCAAAUGGCCCAAUGGGAGCAGGAAGCUCUUUGCCAGGAACAGGAAGCCAGCUGAUGCAGAAUACAGCAAGUUUUUCAACCCUUCCAAUGGGCAGUCCCCCAAACGGGGAGGCAGGCCUCUCGUCCCCGGAUUCGAGGGGCCUGCUAUCGACAACAACCUACAAUACCAUGAUGCCACAUCACCCCAAUCAUCACAUGGUAACCCCUAUGGAAGCAGCUACCCAGUUUCAGAUGUACCCAAACGGGUAUGCCCCCCACGUUACGCAGGCUACGGAUACCAUCACCAGCAACCUCAAUACUACUGGUGAAGCGCAAAAUCAAUACGUAGUCCAACAGGAAACCCAACCGUUGCCCAGUUUUGCGCAAAUAUCAGCGCAUAAAUUUAAUACGGCCGGGUAUGCGAACGUGGGGGGUUUGGGAACGGUAACGGUCCCAACUUCUUUAACUUUUUUUAAUACUGAUGUAUUUGAUUUGACCGACAUGAGCAGAAACAUAGUUUUUAGAGAAGAUAAUGUUGGUUACAAUAUGGGUAUAAUUACUCAACAGGAACAACAAUCUAAUGAUAUAGGCCAAGUUAGUCAACAAAGUUUGUCCCCAACGAGCAGUAAUAACAACAACGAAGUAAACUUUGCAGAGUUAUCAGAUUCCUCUAAUAUAUCUUAUCUGUCACCGGGCAGCUCUCAAACUUUAAGCCAAUCCUUGACUGUUUCAACAGAGUCUCAGUCUGAUAGCAAUAAAGAAAAUGAAGAUAUCAACACGUCAACUGGUAGUCCAAGCAUAUCCUCAACAGUUUCUAAUGAAGAUCUUAGUAAAACCACAUGCUAUCAUUGUAAUAAAGUAUUUAAUCGCCCUUGUUAUUUGACACAGCAUAAUAGGACUUGCCAUAAUGGUGAGAAGCCUUUUAAAUGUUCCAGAUGUGGCAAACGGUUUGCUACUGAUGAGACUUACAAGGUGCAUGUAGAAAAGCAUGCUGGCAAUAAACCGCAUAAAUGCCUGAGGUGUCCAAAGAUGUUUAAUCAUAAGACAGAUCUUCGAAGGCAUGUCUGUUGUCAUACUGGGAAAAAACCUUUUGCUUGUGAGAUAUGUGGAAAAGGCUUUAUCAGAAAAGAUCAUAUGGUUAAACAUAAGGAGACCCAUUACAGAAAAAAACAGAGGAAUAAGGUAAAACAAGUGUACAGAAAAUCUUAACUUUUUAUGUUUCCAAUGGCUCCUAUAAUUUGACUUAAUAAUAUUAAUUAUUAUUGUAUAUAUUUUGUUGUAUAUAAUUUUUGUUUUUGGACCAGGUCUUGGUUACUAAAAAAACAGCAAAUCUUUAUAUUGAUCUUAAACAAAAACACAUUCCAUUUUUGGCAACCAAGACUUUGAAAUUUCAAAUUAGAGACUAUAUUUGCUCAAAACUCUGAAAAUUAUUUUUAUUAUAAAUAAUUAUUAAUAAGUAUGAAGAAGUCUUAAAAAUCAACAGCAAUACCUCAUGAUUCUCAGAUACAAGUAUAGUUUAUAAAUAUUUAUAUAUCGACAAGAAUUAUAAAUUAAGCCUACUUUCAUUGUUAAUGUACAAAAAAGAAACUGUAAAAAAUUUCAUUUUGAAUUUCCAAAACUGAUAUUUAAUAUUACAUAUUGUGUAAUGUUAGAUAAAUAUAAUUAGUGAUUGAAAAAAAACAAAAAAAAUUAAAACCUAAAAAUUCCUAAAGUAAUAAAUUUAUUACCAUAGAUCAUUUAAGAAAAGAUGGCAAAAAUUUGAUAAUGUUUAAUCAAAAUGGGUGUUUUUGUACAUAAAACUUUUUCUUAAAGAUAGGCAAUUUAUAGUAUCUUUUGCAGAUGACCUAACUACCUCAGUUGGAUUGUAUUAGUUUUUUAAAAUACCUAUUUUUCUGUAAUUAAAGAAAAAACGAAUUUUUGUGCCACCGUUGUUAUAGACAAUUUUAAGUUUGAUGGUCGGGGGUUGAAUAAUUUAGUUCUGAUGUACAUACUUUUAGACAUAUCCUUGUGCCAAAAAUCUAGUGCCACUAAAUAUUUUUUUUAGGUACAAGAACUAAAAUUUCUUUUAAAAAAUGUUUAAAAUAAUCAAGUCUUGCCUCUAUUGUAAAAAAAUAUAUUUUAAAUAUUUUUUAAAAUAAUAUUUGCACCCGUAUUUAGCCCCCAUUUUAGUGCAAUUUGUGUAUAAUAUAAUAUAUGUUUUAUAUAGUAUAUGGUUUUAAGUUUUAAAUCGAAUUUUUUUUAGAGCAAAUUUAUCUUUAAAAAAAGUCCGAUUUUAGUUACCAAAUUUAUGUUAAUUGUUAAAAAAGUCACCAUUGUUCUUUGUGUUUUUUCUUCAUUAUUGUAUGCAAUUCUUUAAAGUAAAUUUGUGUGUUAAUUUUUUAUUUUGAAUGUGUGCAGCUGGCGGCAGCUCUGAAUUCUUUAAAAUAUGUCUUCUUUUUGUUAUAAAGACUGAUAAACGCAUUUUCCUUGCAUCUAGAAUAUUUUUAUUAACAUUCAUUUUACUUUGUUUACUAUCUAAGGUUAAGUUGAUUUUGCCUAAUAAAAAAUGUGUGGUGAAGCAGACGAAUUCUUACAUGAAUAAUUUAUUUCCUUCGGUAAUUACGUAUAUUUGGCAAUUUGUUGAUUACGAAAUUGAAGAUUAAUUGUAUAAAUUGGCUUUACAAAAUAUUUUUAAUUAAUAAAGUUAUACAUUUAUCUUAAGACCCAUGGUUCUUUGUAUAUUUUUCUUUUUUUGUUGUAUGCAAUUUUUAAAAGUGAAUAUGUGUGUAGCUCCGUCGCAGCCCUGAAUAUUUAAAAAUGUGUAUUGUUUUUGUUAUAAAGACUGAUAAACGCAUUUUUCCUGACUGUGAAAUUAUUUUGUUAUCAUACGCGUAUAUCUUGCUCAGAUUUGAUUUUGUCUAUUGUGAGGUAGACCAUUUCCUUUUUUCUUUUAUUAAAUAUUAUUGGCAAUUUAUUGAUAAUAAAGUGUAAGAUUAUUUAUAUAAAUUGGCGUAUAAAAAUCAAUAUUAGUUACCAAAUUUAUGUUACUUGUUGAAACCUCACCAUUGUUCUUUGUAUAUGAUUCUUUUCAUUAUACGCAAUUUUUAAAUGUGAUUAAGUAUGUAGCUCCUUUGCAGCUCUGAAUAAUUAUGUGUAUUGUUUUUGUUAUAAAAGACCGAUAAACGAAUUUUCCCUGUUUGUAAAAUAAUUUUGUUAAUAUACGUUUUUAGUAUUAUGUUUACUACUUUUUAAGGAUUUAAU